AUGGAUGCCAAACUGCAAGAGGACCUGUUCCGGAGGUACGUGGCGUGCCUGGAGAGGCGGCUGGAGGACGGUGGGGGGAAUGCGGUCCCUGGGGGAGGCACCUCGGAGUGGGGCAGCGAGGCCCUACUCUCCACAGCCACAGCCCUGCUGGGGGCCUACCAACCAGACCCGGGCCAGAGGUUCCGCAUGGUGCGCUUCUAUGAGGUGGUGGAGAACGCCAUUCGCUGCCUGAGAGGCUGCAGUCUGCGGUGCCUGGAGAGAGCCUUCCUCACCCUGGAGACUGUUUGCACCAACCUGCUGCUCUUCCCCUGGAAGAAAGAGUUCCGCUGCAUCAAGGUACAGUACCCGUCAUCUAAAGAUACUGGACUGAAUGUGUUCCUGUCAUCAGGCUUUGUGCAGGUGGCAGGAUUGUUGUAGUAUAUUAAUAUGGUCCCUGAGGUUAAACAUAGUAUGCAUUACAAUUAAUUUGCAGGAAUGCUCCGUAACUCUCUGUCCUCCUUAUCCCCCCUUGUAGACCUUCACAGGCCCGUACGUCUACCUUCUCCAGUCUGCCGUGUGCGAUGCUGAUCUCCGCUCCCUCCUGCGUUCUAUGGGCUACUCCCGUGACCAUGAGCUCCAGUUCCACGUCCGGGACCACGCUUGUGGCCCGGCCCACCUCCGACAGCUAGCCUUUGAGCUCUUCCUGGCCCAGGCCGAGUGUCGUCUCCUGGGGGAGGUGGUGACUCUGGCCCGGGGCUCAGCCUCUGAGCUGGAAGCCCUGGAGCAACGGAGGGGCUGCCGGGAUGACGCGGCCGGCUGUGCUGAGGUCCUCCGACGGCGAGACAGCCUCGGGGCCGACAUGACCCGCCUCUCGGUGCGACCGAUGGCCAUACCUCACCAUCUGAGGAGAGGGGGAAGGCCGUCCAAGUCAGUGGAUGUUACGGAUGGAGCUGGGAAUUGGCACGCGGCCUCUAAGCCUGUCCUGAAAGCCUCUCUGAGCCUGAGGAAGGAGCCGCUGUUUGUGGACGUGGAAGAGGACAUGAAGGAUGAGAUCAUCAGGCCCAGCACAUCCAUGUUCUCUGUGGCUGACCCACCUUCCUACAACCCUGUGGCUGACUUCUUCCCUAUCCAAUCACCUCCUUCGGUCGACGCUUACUCCUCCUACCACCUCUCCUCAUUGGAUGAGAUUGAUCUGUACACAGAGAGGGGUGGGCCUAGGGUCGGAGGUCGACAGACACCUUCCAGACCUCCAUCCAGGGAGCCCCGGGAUGCCAGGGACAGCUGGGCACUCAAAACCCACAUUGGACUCACCUCUCCGGGGGUGAAGUGUCAGGGUUGUGGCCUGGGCUGCUCCAGUCUGACCUCCUGCCCCAGGUGUGAAAUGAUCCUGUGCCAGGCCUGUCACGACAUCGACCCCUCCCCCUGUUGCGGCCUGCAGGACUACCCCAACCCCAAAUCACCCCGCCCCGUGGACGGCUACCUCCCCAUCAAGGAGAAGCUGUCAGUCUACUCCAACACCCACUCCCCACACCCCCACAUUCACCCCCUCACUCCCCCUCACCCCCAGAUGGUGGAGAAACCCCUCGUGACCACUAAAAUGUUUCCCUGCAAGUCGGUUGCCAUGGCGUCGGCCAUGGUAGCCAAUAGCGACCGAGCAAGCCUGGGGGGGUCGAGGUGCGGGUUCUGUAACAAGCCGGGCGCGUCACACACCUGCGUGAACUGCUCCAAGGUGUCAUGUGACACGUGCAUGAGCCUGUACGCUAAAGACGUGUGCACCCGUAAAAAACCCCAGCACAGCUUUGUCCCCAACCAUCAGCUCAACUUUAAGUCUGGAACUGUAUCACAUCUGGUCUACCGAUGA